AUGCACGGAGGCCCAUUGGCGAUAUUAGCAUUAGUGCGAUUGUACUAUUGGCCUACUAAAGCACGAAAUAUUGCCCGAGCAACAGUUCAUAAAUGUAUUACAUGUUUCAAGCAAAAGCCGGCGUUCGUUGAACCCAUAAUGGGCGAUYUACCGCGUGAACGUAUAGAACCAUCACGUCCUUUUAAAAUAAGUGGUAUCGAUUUCGCGGGACCGUUACUAAUUAAAGACAGUUUWAAAAAGARAGCAUCAUUGACAAAAGGUUACGUGUGUAUUUUCGUGUGUUUUGCUACCAAAGCUGUUCACAUAGAGUUAGUUAUUGACCUGAGUACAAAAGCAUUUUUAAACGCUUUAAAUAGAUUUUUUGAUAGAAGWGGUAAAAGCUCGGUAAUCUACUCAGAUAACGCUACGAACUUCGUGGGCGCGAAUCGAUAUUUAAAAGAAAUUUAUAAUUUAUUUCAAUCUAMAGAACAGAAUAGUGAAAUACAAAAACAAACGGCUAAUGAUGGUAUAGAAUGGCGAUUCAUUCCCCCGCGGUAA